UUUCUAAUAGUCUUCGUAGUUCGGUCUUUAGCUUCAGAGCGACGGUCGCUAUUAAUUUUGAAUUUUAGCCGUUAGGUUUCGAAAUUAAAUUUGUUUUACUCCAUUUAUUCUAUUAUCCAAAAUUGAAGACCAUAAAAUGAAUCCCGAAAAUAAUAUUGCUACAACAUCGCCGUUACCUUCUGGAAAUAUUGCAAUGCCUAUUAAAAAGGCGAAAUCGAAAAGACCGAAAAAGUGUGAAUAUGACAACCAAAAUAUUUCAAUGAAAAGAAGUUUUAGUAAAUUUGACAACCUACAAAAACGCAAUCUUAUUCACGUACGUUCACGAGAUUCUAGUAAAGCCCAAGAAAUUUUUCGUAAUCCAAUUACAGAGCAGAGGGAAAACUGUCGACAGUGCGAUAAACCUGUUUACAAAAUGGAGGAAACCAUUCUUCAAUUUAAAAACGAAAAAGUUAUCUUCCAUAAAACCUGCUUACGUUGCAGAGACUGUUCGAAACAACUAAAACCUGAGAGCUAUCACGUUCACGAUGGUAACAUCUACUGCACGGUUCAUUUCAAGUUAAUCUUUGCGCCUAUAAUAAUUCAUGAAGAAUCUAAGCCACGCAAACCUGAGCUUAUAAUACGUGAGAAUCAACCGAUUGAAUUACCCCCAGAUGUCGCUCGAGCAUCCGAUAAACCGAAUCUUGGACUUGAGGAACUUCAUCAAAUAAAUGUCCGCUCAAAAUUUCAAGUCUUUGAAAAUGGAGGUAAAACGGAUAAGGAUGACCGUAUUCAAACGCUACACCGCCAAGAUGCAAACCUAACGAAAAGUACUUCCAUAUCAACGAAACUAUCAAAACUGCAUAAAAAUGGCCUACUGUACACUGGAGAAAACAAGAUCCUAGAUUCAGAUGACGAUGAUGACAGCGACACGGCCUUAAUGCGUGUUAAAAAAGAAACUGAAAAAGAGAGGCCUGUGGGAUUGGGUGAUGCCAUGAACGAAAUUAAAAACAGAUUUGAGCAAGGUCACAUGAUGUCAAAAGAAGAACGCCGCGAAGAACGAAAGCAGGAAAUUCAGAGCAUCCGUUCUCGGUUAUUUAUGGGUAAACAGGCAAAGAUAAAGGAAAUGUACCAGCAAGCUGUUGCUGAAUCAGAACAAGGAAUCACUUCAGUGGGUAAGAUACCUGAGUCGGAAAUCGGUGUAGCAGCUCGUUCAAUAAAAGACCGAUUUGAGAACGGUGAAAUGUUUAGUGAAAACAGUAUUCAAUCGAUAGAAGAAAGGAGCCACAGUUUGGGAUUGCUAGAAGAUGCCGAUGUUUUCGAAUCUGCUAUUAGUAAAACAUCGCGCAGCAUCUUCAUGGAACUAGAUGCUAAUAUCAAUACGAAUUUCAAUGAAAAGAUUAAAAUUCCGAAUAAUAGACAAGAUAUCCAUAAAAAGAUUGUGAUCGACCCUUAUCAUAAUAUUGAACAAGAGAACGCUGAUACAGAUAUUGUUAAAUCCGACGCAAAGGGAGAAGACGUUAAAGUAACUACAGCUGAAUUAAGUGAAAGGUUUAACUUUUUCGAACAAUUUCGACCCAUCGAGAAUGAAAAGCGUCAGUUUCGCAUGACACCACCACGUGAAGGCGUUGUCAAAUUGCCAACCCCGGACUCCGACGCUGACCUGCUAGAUACCAAAAAAGCUAGAUCUUUUAAUGACACAGUUCUGCAAAAAACCCAAACCGCAUCGAACAUUUUAAACAAGUUCCGUGAAUUAGAGGGAAAAAGAGCUGAUGACGUCGAUAAGCCAAAGAAACCCAAUCCACUCAAAUGCUUCACUCCGCCACCUGAAAAUAUUGCUUACUCUGAUAAAUCUGAAAGCGAAGAGGAUCAGGACAGUGAAGACGAUGAAAGUGACUUUGAAAAAGAAACCCCAAAAUCGAGUUGCAGUGACCAGGCACUCAAAGAGGCUCAGAUCGCAGCUCGAGCUAAACAGUUGCGCGCCAAAUUUGAGAAAUGGCAGAUCAACGAAAUAGAACGUGAGCUCAGUGAGGGGCGAAUAGACAUUUAUUCUCAACAGGUUUCCAAUGAUUCAUUAGAAAGUGCAAAGACUAUUCGAGAACGCUUUGAAAAUAUGAAUACCAAUGAAAAUCAUCCGCCCCCUACCCCACGUUAUCAAGUAAACCGUUUUGUGUAAUGGAGCUUUAGAACAAUGGGAAUGUACUAUUUUGUUCUUAAUCAACCAAGCAGCCUUGCGUAUUUGAACCCACAGAAGUAUACGUGUAUUUUCUUAUAUUCGAAAUAUUUAAGGAAUUAAUAACUACCCUUUUGAAAUCUCAAAUAAAACUGUGAACUUUUUAUACUCGGAA